AUGAUUGUUCUCCGUUCAGGUCUAAUCUUGAACACGUCGUCAGCUAUAAGGAAUCAGUUAUAUCCAAUAAGUCAUAAUUUAAUUAAUCUUAUUAAAAAACAACAAAUUUCACAAAAAUAUAAAUAUUCUACACAAUCCACGUCUGCAGCUUCUCAAGAAUCAUCAUCUUCUUUAGAUACUUCACCUAUAGAAUUCAUUUCAAAUCUUACACCACCAACUUUUAAUGAUAAGAUUACAAAAGCAUUAAGUUGUACAUCAGAUACAUCAGAUUCAUCACCAUCAAUAACAUCUUCAACCUCAACAUCAACUUCAUCAGAUCCAUCAACUUUGAAAACUUCACAUAUUCCAUUUGAAGUUAAACAAAAAAUAGCAAAAGAAUCAUCAACAGAUACAGAUAUCAUUAAAGAUGAAACUACAAAAGAGAAAUCAUUAGCUAAAAUCAUAGAUCCAUACGUUGCACUUUCCAAACCAAGAUUAACUGCAUUAGUUACAUUAUCAGCAAUUUGUUCAUAUGCUUUAACGCCAUUCAGUGCUACAGUUCCAGAAUUAAUGUUUUUAACAAUAGGUACAUGUUUAUCAUCAGCUUCUGCAAAUGCUAUAAAUAUGGGUCGUGAACCAAAUUUCGAUAGAUUAAUGGUUAGAACAUUGGCAAGACCAGUUGUUAGAGGAUUAGUUACACCAGAUCAAGCUUAUAAAUUUGCUGCUGUGACUGGUACUUUAGGUGUUUCAAUCUUAUAUUUGGGAGUUAAUCCAACAGUUGCAGUUCUUAGUGGUUUAAACAUUGUAUUAUAUUCAUGGAUUUAUACCUCAUUGAAAAGACGUUCAAUCUUGAAUACAUGGGUCGGUGCUAUUGUUGGUGCUAUCCCACCAUUAAUGGGUUGGGCUGCUAGUUCUCCAUUAACACAUCCGGGUGCUUGGUGUCUUGCAGCUUUACUUUAUGCAUGGCAAUUCCCACAUUUUAAUGCUUUAAGUCAUAAUAUUAGAAAUGAAUAUAGAAAUGCUGGAUAUGUUAUGACAUGUUUCACAAAUCCAAGAUUAAAUGCUCGUGUUGGAUUCCGUUAUGCAUUAUUAAUGUUCCCACUUUGUUUCUUUUUAAGUUAUUAUGAUGUUACAGAUUGGGUUUUCCCAAUUGAUUCUGCAAUUUUAAAUGGUUGGUUAUCUUAUUGGUCAUUUAAAUUUUGGUAUCAACAAAGAUUAAAUUAUAAAAAUGGUGGAACGCCAGAUCCUCAAGGCAUGAAAUUAGCAAAUAUGUAUGCUAAAAAGGCAUUUUGGGGUUCAGUAUGGCAUUUACCUGGUGUAUUAGUUCUUGCCAUGUUACAUAAGAAGGGACGUUGGGAUUGGAUAUUUGGUAAAUCAGAAUCUACAUUAAAGCCAUAG